AUGUCAAUCACGAUGUCUCAUCAUUUAGUCACCGUCUGCAUGUUCUGCCUGUUGUGCGCAGCGCACACCUGCGGUUCACAUGUCAACCUCAAAAAUGACAUACAGUCGUACCAACCGACUCUUCAAAUAGAUCAUACACCGUUACAUCUCGAAAAAAGAAGUAUCGAAUCAAAAUUAAGAUAUCAAAAGAAACUGCAGAAGAUAAGACAGAAGAGAGAAGUUAGGAACGUAAAUCCUGAUGCGUAUGUGGAACAGAUAUUCAGAUUGUACGGUGAUGCUGGGUCCAUGACAAUGAAUUUGACUGGUUUCAAUAAGAUGCUGGAAGGUCUUGAUCUGCAUAAACUCACUGAGGGUGGUGUACAAAAAGUUGAGAAUAAGGACUAUAUUUACGGGCAAAGUGGAGUUAAAGAAGAUGUUGUAAAUUGUGUAAGCAGCGCAGAAUUAAUCACAACAGUCAACACUAGAUUAAAACCACACGAUGACGGUCAUGAUCAUAAUGAUCACCAUCAUGAUAAAGAAGACCUCAUAUCAGAGGGAACCCUUCAGGCUAUAUGCCCCAUCUUACUGUACCAAAAACUAGCAAAUACCUCUAUAGAAAGAGGCGGCUGCGUAAAAGAAACAUACCUACCAAGUAGACUUAAUAAAAUCGCUGAUAAAGAGAAUGCCUACUCAAAAAAUAUGUUUGCUGUGUGGUUAUACUCGUCUCUAAGUAUAACAGCGAUCAGUGCGUGCGGCUUACUUGGCGUAGCCGUCAUACCUAUUAUGCAUAAGACGUAUUAUAAUCAUAUACUACAAUUUUUGGUAGCUCUAGCUGUUGGUACACUAUGUGGUGAUGCGUUACUGCAUCUAAUGCCACACGCAAUGAGCCCUUCAGACCACAGUCAUGAUGAAAAUGCUCUAGAAGUUCGAGCAUCUCACGAUGAUGGAAUGUGGAAAGGCUUAGCAGCUAUGUUAGGUGUUGUGUUCUUCUAUUUCACCGAAAAGGGUCUAACAGUUGUCGUAGAAUGGCGCAAACGUCGCCAAAAGUUGGAAGACGAUAAACUACCCUCAAGGGUGAGAGUGCUUAAAGAUGAAACAGUCGGGGGAUGUUCCGGAGGUUCGAAAGCAGCUAUAAGUAACGCCACAUCGAAUUCACUGUUGAAAAUAUUCAAGAGGGAUGAAAAAGGCGAUCCAACAACGAAAACGUGUAAACAUAAGUAUUCAGAAUACCCAUAUUGUUAUGACGAAAUAGAUACGGAUACUCAUGAUGAUCAUCAUUUAAGAGACGGUCUUCCGCCAAGUCCUAAGGCUACUGCUAAGAACCACAAUAACUCAGUUAGCGUGGUCUCUUCUAAUGCUUUAAAUCCUGAGGGAAAAGAAAAUGAACCUACAGCCAAAGACUGGCUUCUUAAAGCUGAGUCCACUCCUGCGGUUGUAGAAAUGAACAAUAUUAAACAUAAAGAGGAAAAUGCGAAAGAUCUGAAAGAUGGAGACAGCUAUACGGUUAUUCUCAGAGAACAUUCUAGAGCCCAUCACGGCCACUCUCAUGCGCACGGUCACGUGCACGCGCCCCCUUCCUCCAUGUCGUCGGUUGCAUGGAUGGUCAUUAUGGGGGACGGUCUCCAUAACUUCACUGAUGGCAUGGCUAUUGGAGCGGCAUUUGCGUCGAAUAUUGCUGGUGGCUUUUCUACAGCUAUUGCCGUUCUUUGUCACGAACUACCACAUGAAUUAGGGGAUUUCGCGGUGCUCCUCAAAGCGGGUAUGUCGGUGAAACGCGCCGUGUGCUACAACGUGCUCUCCUCGGCGCUGUGCUUGGCGGGUAUGGUGUGCGGCGUGUUGGCGGGACACCUGCCCAAUGCCACACGCUGGCUGUUCGCGGCGGCGGCUGGCAUGUUCUUGUAUAUUGCGCUGGUUGAUAUGAUGCCUGAACUAAGCACGUCACACAGCAAAGAGGGCACGCUUUGCCAAUGUAUCCUACAACUGAUGGGUCUGGCCACUGGUAUUGGCAUAAUGCUGGUCAUAGCGCUAUACGAACAUGAUCUUAAAAACUUAUUCGGUGAUACA